UUGUUCAGAUCGCUUUUGUUAACCGCUCGAAUCACAACUCUUAAAGUAGUUCUGAUUGUAGACCAAUUCAAGACGAUACAAAUCCCAUGAGAAGCAAAGGAUUUUGAAAAGAUUUUUUUUUUCUUUUUUGAAACCAUAUAAAAUCACUUUGCUUCAAAAAGGAUACAGAAUUUUAUUUGGCAAAAAAAAUAUCAGUAAAAGUACAAAAUUUGAAGAGAAGUGUUGAGCAAAAGUUAAAAAAAAAUAAAGUGUCUAGUUUCGAUCAAAGAAAGUGAAAUUAGCGGUUAACACGAUGACUCAACUGCUCAAGAAAUUGGGAUUUCUAUACGAUUCCUAUAUAUUAUUUAUUCUUACAAUUGGAUAUAUUCUCGGUGAACUCGGUCAUUAUUUGAUUGGCGUAACAUCGAAACAAACAGCCAUUGACCUAGACUAUGGAGAUCAUGCAUGCCAACAGAAUGUAACUUCGCUUACGCGACACGAGCUGCCUGUCCAAUGCAGUACUGUGAUGAACGAAACCGAAUGCGUUGCAUUGAAUUUGGAUGGAAUAAAUUAUUGUGAAUGGAAUUAUAAUGGUUUGGGUCUUGAUUAUCAAUUGUUGGCCGGUCCGAGUUUCAUUCUGGUUUUCACAAUCAUGGGUGUGUUUCUUGGAAUUGCCGCGGACAAAUAUAAUCGUGUCAGAAUGUUAAGCGUGUGUACGCUUGUUUUUGCCGUUGCAAUUAUACUACAAGGUUCAGUUAAAAACUAUUGGCAAUUGAUUGUAUUGCGUAUGAUAAUGGCAGCCGGUGAAAGUGGAUGUAAUCCACUUGCAACAGGUAUAAUGUCGGAUGUUUUCCCUGAAAAGAAGCGAGCGCUUGUAAUGGCAAUAUUCAACUGGGGUAUUUAUGGUGGAUACGGUAUCGCUUUUCCCGUCGGUCGAUAUAUUACAAAAUUAAACAUUUGGGAUUUGUCGUGGAGAAUUUGUUACUAUGGAACCGGGGCGCUUGCUGUGAUUGUUGCUGUUUUUACUGGUACGACAUUAAAAGAGCCGGAACGAAAAGCAAUUGGAGAAGACCAGACGAAUGCAAAUGGUCGCAAAAAGGUUUCUCUCUAUAAAGUGCUAACACAACCAAGAAUUAUUUUGCUGGCAAUUGCAGCAUCAAUUCGUCACUGUGGAGGCAUGACUUUUGCAUACAAUGCAGAUUUAUACUAUAGCAUUUAUUUUCCGGACGUCGAUCUUGGUUGGUGGUUAUUCGCCGUAACCAUUGGCAUCGGAUCCAUCGGAGUUGUUGUUGGUGGUGUAGUAUCGGAUGUAUUCGUCGCAAAAAUGGGAAUUAAAUCACGUGUAGCCGUUCUGGCGAUAUCUCAGCUGAUUUCGACACCCGGUGCAUUCGGAUCGGUUUACUUUGAACCAGUUUGGGCUAUGAUUACAUUGGGUAUCAGUUAUUUCUUCGCUGAGAUGUGGUUUGGAAUCGUUUUUGCCGUUUUGGUUGAAAUAGUGCCUUUCCAAGUGAGAUCAACGACUGUUGGUAUUUUCCUAUUUGUGAUGAAUAAUAUCGGCGGCAAUCUUCCAAUCCUCGUUGAUCCGGUUGCCAAGUACUUGGGAUAUCGUGAAUCUAUAAUGAUUUUCUAUGCUGGUUUCUAUCUUUUGAGUUCAGUGCUAUUUUUCAUUACGAUGUUCGUAAUGGAACCGUCUUCGGACGAUGACAGUACAAAUCAACAACAACCCGCUCCCAGAGUGAUAUACGAGGGUCAUGACAAUAAAGUAUUCGUGGGUGAUGGUUUACCACAACCACAGUUUACCCAUCCGCAAAGCAACGGUUCCACAAAUCAAUACUAUCCAAAUGGAAAUACACACACAAAUAAAGACAUACAACCAUCUUAUAGAGUCAUCGAAAACAGCCGACUGUGAUAGAAUUUCUUCCGGAAGUUUCGUUUUUCGUAUUAAAUUCGCAUAUUUAUAUUAAGUUUUAUUAAUUGCAUCAUUAAACACACUUUGAAAUAGUUCCAUGCUAAAUCGAUAACAAAUUUAACGAUAAGGUUAAAUUAUCUGCAUUAUUAUUUUUCAAAUGAACAUAACAUGAUUGAAAAAAAAAAAAAUGUACAGAUAACACAAAUUGUUGUCACAUAAUUAUCAACAACAUACAGUUUCAUACAGGUGAAUAUUGGCUGGUGAAUUUUAAAAAUAAAUAAAGUACAAUGUUAUUUAAUUCCAAAA